AUGGACUCUAAGGUCGGGGGUAAGAAAAGACUCCUCCAACUCAAUGAGUUAGAUGAGUUUAGAUUGUCAACAUAUGAUAGUGCGCGAAUCUACAAGGAGAAGACCAAGAAGUGGCAUGACAAGAGGAUCUUACCAAGAGAGUUUGCACCAGGUGAUAAAGUUCUUCUCUUCAAUUCUAGAUUAAAGAUUUUCCCAGGAAAGUUAAAAUCUAGGUGGUCCAGUCCCUUCACCGUCAGAAGGGUGAACAAAUUUGGCUCGGUAGAGUUGGUCAAUGACAAGGGUGAAGAGUUUAAGGUAAAUGGCCAACGACUGAAGGUGUAUCAUGAGGGCGCUACAAGUAGAGAUGUGGAGGAAACCUUCCUAACUCCAUUUCCAACCUGA